UAACCGACCUCGACGCAGGCGAAGCCGCGGGCGAAAAGCUAGUGUUUCUAUAAGGUAAUGCUCAAAUAUCUAGAUGUAUGAAGACAUAAUUUUCAGUUGAUAAUUAUUUUCUACGUUGCAUGCAUGCAUGCUUGGUGUUUUGUAUGUUCCAGCCACUGCAUGUCUAUGCAGUUGCGCAGAGCAUGCGCGAGCGAUCCCAUGAUUCUGGCUUAACUAGUACCGGUCCGGGGUGAUUUUAGUCAGUAGGAGACUGACAUAAACGUGUUUGACCAGUGAUCUUAAAAAAAUACGUGCAGUAAAAUUCUUUACUUAACGUGACAUCAGGUGACGAUGUGUGAAAGUUGUGGAAUAUUGUCCAAUGUUAUCAAAAAUCAAUCCACAAAUAAGUAUAUAUAUUCCUAGUGACACAAGGAGGUGGAGGUACAUGUGACAAUUUAAGGUUAUGCUGUCAAGUAGUCUAGCAGUAGACAAGCAGUAGACAGUGCUGCAAGCAAAACUAACCUGAAUUAUAAAUAAAUACUGCAUGAAAAGAGUAAACUAUUUUGACCCCACGUUUCCGUGAAUGUUUUGUAAGAUUAACAUUGUCGUGUAACAUUUAGGAUGUUGUUCUUGUCAAAAUUAUUUGUGAAGUAUCAGUAAUGUCUGCAACCGAUCUGUGAAUCACAAAGAUAUUAUGAAAUUGAGACCAAAGAAAACGAGUGCUUUUGAUAAAUGAUUGUUGCUAACUGUGGGCCUAACUGAAGAAAAUAUCUCCAGGUUAAAAGUGUAAUGAGAUACCAACGAUUAUGGCUCAGAUGGCUCCUGCUGUUGCUGGUGGUACCCUGCCUGGCGCUACGCAUGCGAGAACCCCCACCCCCUAUUCCUGUGUCACGGGUAACUCCUGAUGAGCGCUGGCUGCGAGUCAAGUUGAACCAGUUUGUGGCAUCUGAUACUAGGACCUUUCUCAUGCGCUUCUAUUACAACGACGAAUUCGCGGAAGAGAACGCAGUGAUAACUAUUGGAGGGGAAUGGGAGAUCUCCUCAGGCUGGGCUAUGGGCGGCCUGGCCUACGACAUAGCCAAACAACUCCGAGCUGGAAUGUUCUACACCGAGCACAGAUACUACGGCAAGACCAGGCCUUUCGAUAACACAAGACUGUCAAGUCUGCAAUACCUGUCGGUGCACCAGGCGCUCGCGGACCUGGCGCAGUUCAUCCACUACAUCAAGAGUGACGCUUUCGAAGGUGGACAAUACAAGUCCGGUAGAGUGGUGGUGGUGGGAUGUUCGUACGCCGGCAGCAUGGCGACGUGGAUGCGUCAGACGUAUCCCCACUUAGUGGACGCCGCGUUUUCGGACAGCGGGCCCGUGCUCGCGCAGGAGGCUUACCCUGAAUACAUGACUAUAGUCAUCAAAGCUAUCAGGGAGCGAGGUGGUGAAGCCUGUCUCGACAGCAUCAGCGAGGGAAUGAAACAGUUGGUGAAGAUGCUGGCGACUAUAGCCAAGGCCAAGGAGCUCUCGAAGAUGUUCAAUACCUGCACGCCUGUCCAGUCCAGUCCACCCCAGGAUAUGACAGCCUUCCUUGAGAAGAUUGAAGAUUCCUUUAAUGAACUUGUUCAGAAGUCCAAAAACAUACCUGCCGCCUGCGCUGUCCUCACCAAUGCUAGCGUGUCCAGCCCUGUCCGGCGCUUGGCCAACUACAUCACCUCGUGGUCGUCAAAGCCCUGCGUAGACAUCAGAUACACAGGAAGGGCACCCGACUACAUGAACACCAGUUAUGACUCAGAAAAUUACGCAGCCCGAUUGUGGAUGUACCAGACUUGCGUUGAGUUCGGUUGGUAUCCGAUCAGCACCAGCGCGCACGAACCCUACUUUCCCCGCGUCCCUCUGGAGUACUACCUGCAGCACUGCAAAGACUACUUCUCCGAGGACUUUAAUGAGGAGCAGCUUCGCCGCGGCGUGCAGCAGACGAACAUAAUGUUCGGGGGGCUGAAGCACAGACCGGACCACUUGAUUUCGGUCUCCGGCACUCACGACCCCUGGUCUGCGCUGGCUCCGAACUCCUCGCACGCACGAAGAAACUCACCUGUCUACGUCAUCCCUGGGGUAGCACACUGUAAAGCUAUACGCGGCCCUGAAAAUGGCGAUAGUCGAGAAUUGAGAAACGCACGUCGAGUAGUCGUGAACUUCAUGCAUAACAAUAUUCACAGGCCGAUACCGCUGAGCGACGCGACAUACAUACAAGUAACUCCGGUUCUACUCGGACUGGCCCUUGUUGUUCUGUACUAAGAUUGAAAUAUAAAUCAAAUUAGAAAA